CACCGAAUCCAUAAUAUCAGCCAGUACCCAUGUGACUUGGCCCAUCCCAUCCCAUAUCUCUUACUUUGUUCCCUAUUCUCUCACAAUUCCCUCAGCUUCUCAUCUUGUACGUGCUGUAUUUUCUUGGCUUUCUGCAACUUUGAGUUGUUCCAAAAUGGCUUACCAAAUUCCAUUCGGUGUUGUGGAGCACAUUUUGACCAACUUGGGGUCCUCGGCGUUUCAAGAAAUUGGAUCCAUGUAUGGUGUUCCAAAGGAGAUAACCAAGCUCAAUGGGAAACUGGGCACCAUCAAGGCUGUGCUUUUGGAUGCUCAGGAGAAGCAGCAGCAGCAGAGCAAUCGUGCAGUCAAAGAUUGGGUCCGGAGGCUCAGGGGUGUUGUUUAUGACGCAGAUGACUUGCUGGAUGACUAUGCAACCCAUUAUCUUCAGCGAGGAGGAUUGGCAAGACAGGUCAGUGACUUCUUCUCAUCUGAAAAUCAAGUUGCUUUUCGUUUUAAGAUGAGUCAUAGACUCGAGGAUAUCAAAGAAAGGCUAGAUGAUGUUGCAAACGACAUCCCCAUGUUAAAUCUCAUUCCACGGGACAUAGUACUACACACAGGGGAAGAGAAUAGUUGGAGAGAAACCCACUCAUUCUCGUUGCCAUCUGAAAUUGUGGGAAGAGAAGAAAACAAAGAGGAGAUAAUAAGGAAGCUGUCAUCUAACAAUGAAGAAAUUCUUUCCGUUGUUGCCAUUGUUGGCUUUGGGGGAUUGGGUAAGACCACCCUCACUCAAUUGGUAUACAAUGAUGAAAGAGUAAAACAUUUCGAGCAUAAGACAUGGGUUUGCAUUUCUGAUGAUUCUGGUGAUGGUCUUGACGUCAAACUGUGGGUCAAAAAGAUUUUAAAAUCUAUGGGAGUUCAGGGUGUGGAGAGUAUGACCUUGGAUGGUUUGAAAGACAAGCUUCACGAAAAAAUAAGUCAAAAGAAGUACUUGUUAGUACUUGAUGAUGUUUGGAACGAAAAUCCUAGAAAAUGGUAUGAAGUGAAAAAAUUGUUGAUGGUUGGUGCUAAAGGUAGUAAAAUUAUAGUAACCACCCGAAAACUUAAUGUUGCAUCCAUUAUGGAAGAUAAGUCUCCCGUUAGUUUGAAAGGUCUAGGAGAAAAGGAGUCUUGGGAUUUAUUUUCAAAAUUUGCAUUUAGAGAACAGGAGAUUUUGAAGCCAGAAAUUGUAGAAAUUGGAGAAGAAAUUGCAAAAAUGUGCAAGGGAGUUCCUCUCGUUAUCAAGUCUUUAGCAAUGAUAUUGCAGUCUAAAAGAGAACUGGGGCAGUGGUUGUCUAUUAGAAACAAUAAAAAUUUGCUGUCACUUGGAGAUGAAAAUGAGAAUGUUCUAGGGGUGCUGAAAUUAAGUUAUGAUAAUUUGUCAACUCAUUUGAGACAAUGUUUUACAUAUUGUGCUUUAUUUCCAAAAGACUAUGAGAUUGAGAAAAAGUUGGUGGUACAACUAUGGAUAGCACAAGGUUAUAUUCAAUCUUCAAAUGAUAAUAAUGAGCAAUUAGAGGAUAUAGGGGAUCAAUAUUUUGAGGAAUUAUUGUCAAGGUCAUUGUUGGAGAAGGCGGGAAGCAAUCAUCUUACUAAUACAUUAAGGUAUAAAAUGCAUGACCUUAUACAUGAUCUUGCACAAUCAAUUAUAGGAUCUGAGGUCCUCAUUUUAAGAAAUGAUGUAAAAAACAUUUCAAAAGAAGUUCGUCAUGUAUCAUCGUUUGAAAAGGUGAAUCCUAUAAUAGAGGCUCUAAAGGAAAAACCUAUAAGGACCUUUUUAUACCAAUAUAGAUAUAAUUUUGAAUAUGAUAGUAAAGUUGUGAAUUCAUUUAUUUCAAGUUUUAUGUGUUUACGUGUGUUGAGCUUAAAUGGCUUCCUAUCAAAGAAGGUGCCAAACUGUUUAGGUAAAUUGAGUCAUUUAAGGUAUCUUGAUCUUUCCUACAAUACUUUUGAGGUACUUCCGAAUGCUAUUACAAGGUUAAAGAAUUUGCAAACACUGAAACUCAAAGUGUGUCCGAAUUUGAAAAAACUUCCAAAAAAUAUAAGGCAACUUAUCAAUCUUAGACACUUGGAGAAUGAGAGAUGGAGCGACUUGACUCAUAUGCCACGUGGAAUAGGAAAGUUGACUUUACUUCAAAGUCUACCAUUGUUUGUUGUUGGGAAUGAGACAGGGAGGUUAAGGAAUCACAAAAUUGGUAGCUUGAUUGAGUUGGAAAGCCUGAACCAUCUAAGAGGAGGGUUAUGCAUAAGUAAUCUUCAAAACGUGAGGGAUGUUGAACUGGUAUCCAGGGGAGAAAUUUUGAAAGGAAAACAAUAUCUUCAGUCCUUGAGAUUGGAAUGGAAUCGGUCGGGCCAAGAUGGGGGGGAUGAGGGUGAUAAGUCAGUGAUGGAAGGCCUUCAACCACACCCACAAUUAAAGGAUAUCUUUAUAGAAGGUUAUGGAGGUACGGAGUUUCCAAGUUGGAUGAUGAAUGAUAGGUUGGGUUCCCUGCUUCCCGACUUAAUUAAAAUUGAAAUUUCGGGAUGUUCAAGAUGCAAAAUUCUGCCACCCUUUUCUCAACUCCCUUCUCUCAAGUCUUUGAAGCUGGAUGAUAUGAAAGAAGUGGUGGAGAUAAAGGAGGGUUCAUUGGCAACGCCACUUUUCCCAUCUCUUGAAUCGCUCGAACUCUCUCACAUGCCAAAGUUGAAGGAAUUGUGGAGGAUGGACUUACUAGCAGAGGAAGGUCCUUCAUUUGCUCAUCUUUCAAAGUUGCAUAUUCAUAAAUGCUCUGGUUUGGCAUCACUGCAUUCUUCUCCUUCUCUUUCUCAAUUAGAGAUCAGAAAUUGCCAUAACUUGGCAUCCUUGGAACUGCCGCCGUCCCAUUGUCUUUCUAAAUUAAAGAUCGUAAAAUGCCCUAACUUGGCAUCCUUCAAUGUGGCUUCAUUACCUCGUCUUGAGGAAUUAAGCCUGCGUGGAGUCAGAGCAGAGGUACUGAGGCAGUUAAUGUUUGUCUCUGCUUCUUCUUCAUUGAAGUCUUUGCAUAUACGGAAGAUUGAUGGUAUGAUAUCUAUCCCAGAGGAGCCGCUUCAAUGUGUUUCCACUCUCGAAACUCUCUACAUUGUUGAGUGCUCUGGUUUGGCAACAUUACUACACUGGAUGGGCAGCCUUUCCUCGCUUACGAAACUUAUUAUUUAUUACUGCUCUGAAUUGACAUCACUGCCAGAAGAGAUCUAUUCCCUUAAAAAACUGCAGACAUUUUAUUUCUGUGAUUAUCCACACCUAGAGGAAAGAUACAAGAAGGAAACAGGCGAAGACCGGGCCAAGAUUGCUCAUAUCCCACAUGUUCGUUUCAACAGUGAUUCCUAUAUGGAAUUGGAGCUUGACUACAUUUUCUGAUGCUGUGCACUAAACUAAUCAUUUUACUUGGAGUUCUACGUUCUAAGAGUUUGAGGAAAUACUGAGGUCUGAGCUUGGAAUUCAUGGCUGCCCUGAAUUGACAUCACUGCCAGAAGAUAUGUUCCCUCAAAAACCUGCUGACACUUGACAAUCUGCAUCUGUUCACACUUAAGAGGAAAGAUGCCGAAAGGAAAGGUGAAGACUAACCCAAGCACAAAUUGAUAUCAUACAUCCAUGAAGAUUGAACUGAUAUAGAAUGCCUUUCAGGUGAUAUGAUCCAAACUCAAAUUGAACACCGCUCUUGUUUUGUAACAUUACUACAUUGGAAAGGCAACUUCAGCUCACUUAUAGACCUUUCUAUUGGUGAUUGCACUAAAUUGACGUCACUUUGGAAAAGAUGUGUUCUAGAUGGAAAAUCUUUCAUUAUAUGCACCUACUUGCAAGAUACCAAAGGGAAAUAGGUGAAUACUUGCCCAAGAAUAUAGAGGGCCAUACUUGGUUAAGGUUUCGUCAAUACGGAGAACCAUGUCAGGUAAUGUGCAUAGAAUUUGUAGAAGAGAAGAAAGAUUUGAUCCAAGAUAUUCCUAAAGACCAAAAACUUUCAAAGUCGUCUAAGAUCCCAUAGCCUACCUUAAUAAUUUGGGGAGACCAAGAUACGACGUUCCUAAUAGAACCAGCUUACAAAUUGAAAAGGUAAACUUGUAUCACUUGCCUACAUGCCUACAACAAUACAAACACUAGCUUAUGUCUUUCUCAAUAUUGAGAUUGUUACUGCAUGCAAGCAUUUUGGGUGAGGAGGCCCAACUUGUGAUCAUCAAUAACAUAGAGCAUACUUUUAUUAUAGAGAAGCCCAAGGAAAUAUUUAAGCACUUGAAAUCCUUUCUCAUUGAUUUGCUUCCACCUCCUAGGCAACACUUGGAACCACUCACACCAUGACAAGGUGAAAAGAAACUAAUGCAACAUUCUCAAUAUAUCAAAGGAAAGGUCAAAUUUUAGAUUUUUGUGUUUUUCCUAUCACUGUUUCUAUACUAUUACUAGUGCACCUUAUUUGUCAACAUGAUUAAAAUAGAAUUCCCUAGGAUAACUAGUGUCUCAGGUGAUCUUAAGGUUCAUAAAUUUUUGGUUUCCACAAGAUAGGUGCCAACUAAUUUUAUUUUUUUCUACAUCCAUGCAAUAUUCUAGUCAUCUAUUAACAAGGGAUAAAAAUUCUUGUAGAGAAUAGAAUAAAGAACUAGAUUAAAUGAAAAUAGGACAUUAGUAUUCUAUUUACUAGUAAGGGUAAAAAAUUCUUGAUGGCCAUCAAGCACAUUGUUCCUAAAAUAAUAGCAUCCAUGUCGUUGAGCAAAAGUUUAUUGUAAUUGCAUUUAACAUAUAAAGCAAAACUGAUUUUUUUAUUUUAUUUUAUAUUUACACCUUAUGCAUUUGAUAAAAUUCUUAAACAAGUAAGUUUGAAAAUUUUCUCUUCAAAUCAUUUGAUAAUUGAAGGCCAAACUAAUCAAAUUGAUUUAAAUUUUACAUUCAAAAGUUGAAUUUAUUAUUAUUAUUAUUAUUAUUAUUUUUUUUUUUUUUGCAAAAUUUACUUCACUUUAGAAGUUUGUGAUUAUUCUCUAGUCCAUCUUAAAAUGAGUGCCUCCAUUAUUCCAUUCCUCUAUCACUACAAAAAGUUUAGAUUGACCUAAAAUUUUCUCAUGACCUAGAAACUCAUAUCUACUAGAUGGUUAAAGCAAAAAAAGGCUUUUGCCUUAUGUUUUAAGUAAUCUCCCUAUUAUCUAUUUGUUGAGAGCAUCAUACAAGAUGUAAUUAUAUUUCUUAAUUUUUUUUUAUGUAAUAAGAACUAGAUUGAGAAAGAUGCAACUUGUAGAGAAAAAAAUUUCUUUACUACUUCCCUUGUAUUUGCUUUGUGUGUAUCAACUGUGCUUUUCAUUAUUUUAAAAAAUAUCACUAACAAAAAACUUAUUAUUGUUAUAUAUCAUAAUUUAGCAAUUUUUUUAUUAUUUAGAAAUCAUGCUUGUCAUUGUGUUAAUUAGUAGGUAGCCUAAUAACUAUAUUGUUCAAGUUAUUUUGUGUUGGCAUUCUUCAUGUUUCAAAAGCUUGUUAGACUAGCAAUUUUAUUGCAAAUAUAAUGUUCUCAAAUCAAUACAGAAAUGGAUGAUUGUGGGGAUUAGGCAUUGACUUCCUUGAGAAGUUCAAUUGAGGGUUUUUUAAACUAGGUCUCUACAUCAACAAAUGCUACAUUUUAUCACUCGAGACCUUAGAAUAAAUAUUGCAGAAAGCUUCAUUUGCUACAUAGUAAGGAUGAGGUUGGCAUAUAAAUCCUAAGGACUUAAAAGCUUGAGUUGUUGUCUCUUCCAAGGGGCCUUUAGAUUUAUUAAUGAGUUCCAAAUCAUUGUCUACCUUGAAUUUGAAUCACUGCUAGAAGGAUGUGCCGCUAAGCAUUCUCAUGUUCUUGAUAUGGAGUAGAAAUGGACUUCUAAUUCAUGAAGAACUGAUGGGCUCUUUGAUUAUGCCAUCUAUAAUGUACUUCAGAUUUCACCUUGCUUAAAAAGCUUUUGAUUAUUCAUAUUUGCAAGAUGGCUAAGACAUCUGAUUGUGCUCAGAACUUCUGGUUUCUAUUAAAUAUAGGUAUGUUGUUUGCAAUUCUAACCCACUUACUCCUCUUGAAGACUACAUAAAUUGCUAGUGUUUUUACUUUAAUGGUUAUAAACAAUGUGUGCCCUUGUUACUUCUUGCUUGCAUUCUAUAUGUUGAAGAGCUUUAUUAGGCUAAUUAUUUUAUUGAAGAUAUAAUUGUUGUCAAGUCAAAGCAAAGCCGAAUGGUGAUGUGGUUUCAACUUCUUAGAAGUAACCAAAAAGUAAGGAACUCUCUCUAUGGUAGUACUUUGAUGUCACAUUGGGCUUUCAGAUUGCUGCCUUGAAUUGACAUAAAUAACAUAGCAUCUUUCCCAAUUGAGUCGUUUCAACAUGUUACUAUGCUUCAAACUCUCUCAAUUAUGUCUUGUUUAGGUUUGGCAACAUUAGAACACUGGAUAGGCAGCCUCAACUUACUCACACAACAUAAAAUUCAUCUUUGUUGUUAACUGACAUCACUGCCACAAGAUGAGUUCACUCAGUAUUUUA